AGUGUUCGCGUCUCAUGGGCAACGCAAUUCCUCGGCGCGCAUGCGCUUUCAAAUAUCCCGGUCUCCUAGCGACCGAGUCCUAGUUUCCUAGGCGACGUGAUGCUACCGGGAAUCUAGCAAGAGAGGACGGACGACAUGUAUAAGCUGGACCUGCCCGUGGAUCUGGACGAGGCGGCCGUGCUGCAGAGGAGGAGGAAUGCCGAGCAGCAGAGGCAGAGCCGGGUGUUUGACGCCAGAGUCAGGACCAUUGGGGUGGAUAAGGCGGCCCUGGAUGCUCAAGUACAUGACAAAAAAAUCCAGAAAGAAAUUGAGACUGAACACCAAGAAGCAUUCGAUACGCUGAUGGUGCAAAACGACCAAAUUCUCUGCUUACUGGACCAGCGACAAAAGGACGACAUCCAUAACCUGAACAGAGCCAUCGAGGAGUUCAGACUUCAGUUUCAGAAGAAAGAGGACCGCCGGGAAUAUGAUCUGUACGAUCCUCUGACCUUGAAGAAAGACCUCCCGCCGCGCCUGUCUGAUGACGACCCUCGCUGCACCGUAUCCGGGGUCCAGCGGCUGAUGGGAGAGGAUCUAAUGGAGAGGAACCGAAAAAGAGAGCAGCAAGAGCAGCUACGGGAGUGGUCCCUACAGCAGCAACAAGAAUGGGCCAAAGCCUUAGAGGACAAGAAGUUUACAGAAAGUCUCUAUGACAAAAUGAGAAUUGAACUUGACAAGAAGGCGCUGGAAUUACAGAAAAUGGAAGAGCAAGCAAGACGAGAGAUCAAUAUAUUCACCAAAGAAUUCAACAGAGCUCAGGCGGAAGAGUCUUUACAAAGAAAGAAACUAGAAAAACAACUACAGGAAGAAGACAAUUCUGUAGAGAUCACCAACAACAUGGAAGGAGACCUCCUCUCAGAAGACCCGGCACAAGCAACCAGCGCCUUUGGCCCUCACCGUGUGGUUACUGAUCGCUGGAAGGGAAUGACCCCGGAGCAGCUGAAGGAAGUGAUCGAUGUCCAGCAGAGGCAGAUCCAGGAGAAGAUGAGACUAGAAGAGGAAGAAAGGCAGAGACAAGCAGAGUGGGAUAGGAAGAGAGUGCAGGAGGCCCGGGCCAUGGUCCUUAUGGAACGGCAGCAAAAACGCCAAGAGCGGGAGCUACGCAAGGCACAGGAUCACAUCAACAUGGAGCUCGCACAGGCACAUAAAGCCCAGAAGAACUACCUCAACCAAGAAGUAUUUUCGAAUACUCCGACAGAUCAGUAUUUUGAACAAUUCAACACAACCAGUCGAUAAACAUAGAUGUAGAAAUAUAUACAGUAGAAAAGGCGUCUAUAAUAAUACUACAAGUACCGUACAAGUCCUAGACAAGGACCGUGUACCGCAGUUCUCCUGCACAUGUGUUUUCCUCAUCUUCCUGUUACAGAUGUAAACCGACUGCACGGAAUAUAUCUACCACGUGUGUCCUAUUCUUCCGUCUUCAGGGGUGGGGGUGUGAACUUGUCUAAGGUUGAGAUCUGACAUUUGGUUUAGUUUUGAUGUUUCUUCCCUGUUAUAUUGUAGCAAAUGUAAUUGUAUAAAAAUACCAUUCUUACAGAAUCAGUUUCUGGUUAAAGGGAUAUUCCAUCGUUAAAGGGUACUCUGCUGCUAGACAUCUUAUCCCCUAUCCAAAGAAUAGGGGAUAAGAUGUCAGAUUGCAGGGGUCCCACAUCUGGACCCCCCCACACACAAUCUCCCGCAGCACCCGGGUUCCUGCGUCAGUGGUCGCAACAUCACGGCGACACCCCCUUGUGAUGUCACACCACGCCCCCUCCAUUCA